AUGACAACCCCAACAGCAACAGCAAACCCAACCCUAAAACUCGACCCAAAAUACGAUACCUAUGACUUCCCAACCACAUCGCCAGCAGCACAGAAUGGACAUCCGGGUCAUACAACACCGGAGCAGGAUGCGCAGGUGCAGCAGUUGAGGUUGAAGUUGGAGGCGCAGGGGUUUACGGAGAGGUUGGAUACGUUGACUUUGCUUCGAUUCUUACGGGCACGUAAAUUCGAUGUCGCGCUUUCAGAGAAGAUGUUCGUGGAUGCUGAGCAAUGGAGAAAAGAAUUCGGACUUGAUGAGCUUGUUCGCACUUUCGAUUAUAAGGAGAAGGAGGAAGUUUUCAAAUACUAUCCUCAAUACUAUCAUAAAACUGAUAAGGAUGGCCGCCCCGUCUACAUCGAACAAAUGGGCAACAUCGACCUAACCGCCAUGUACAAAAUCACCACAUCAGAACGCAUGCUCCAAAACCUCGCUGUCGAGUACGAGAAAAUGGCCGAUCCACGUCUCCCAGCCUGUUCCCGCAAAGCCGGAUCCCUCCUCGAAACCUGCUGCACCAUCAUGGAUCUCAAGGGCGUCGGCAUCACCAAAGUUCCCUCGGUCUACGCAUACGUGAAGCAAGCCUCCGGCAUGUCGCAAAACUACUAUCCCGAGCGUCUCGGCAAACUGUACUUGAUCAAUGCCCCCUGGGGUUUCUCCACCGUCUUUGGUGUUGUUAAGGGCUGGUUGGAUCCCAUUACCGUCGAGAAGAUUCAUGUGUUAGGAUCCGGCUAUCAGAAGGAAUUAUUGGCUCAGGUGCCUAAGGAAAAUUUACCUAAGAUUUUCGGUGGCUCGUGUGAGUGUAAGGGUGGUUGUGCUCUGAGUGAUGAGGGUCCGUGGACGGAUCCAGCUUGGGCUAAACCUCCUAAGUGGGCUGUUGCUGCUCAGAAGACUAAUGGUGAUCAACAUGUUAUUGAUACCGAGAGUGUUAAUCCGGGCACGAUUCCUACUGGGACGACGGCUCCGGCUCCGGUUCCUAGCGAGAUUAUCCAGGCACCGAUUGUUCACCUAGCGUCAGCGUUAACUGAUAUCCACAAGCGCUCGAAGAGUUCUCUUGCCUUCUUGUUCGGAUGGAACUUGAUGGUAGAGAAGUUUCUGGACGUGGUCGAUAGCGAGGAGAUGCUCCCUGUACAUAGAGAUCCAGAAGAUAUGGCCACGCAUCAAGUCAAGCGAGACCUGCAAAGGGGGGUUGAGCGGCAAGUCUUAAUUCACCCAUUUGCUCAUCUGUUUGCGAGGAAGAAAUCUUCUUCGACAUCUAGCUUUAUUAUAUCUACCGAUCAAAAGUUGAGGGAAGCCAAAAGUGCUCCGUAUCAAGACCCACAAUAUAGUCAUCUACUCGAGACCAAGGGUACCUUUAUGUAUAAAUCGGAUUUGGGUAUCACGGACACAAGCAAAACCGUUUGCCAGACCCUCCUUGAAGCUGAGCAGAUAGUUCCAGAGGAUUCAUUGUUUCAGGAUGACAUCUUUGAAGAAACGUGUGAAAUGUUACAAGGCAGAACCGAGGCCAAAAUUAUUCAAGAUAUCGGUCGACUGAUUGUUCCUUCCGCUCAGUCUCUAGCUAUACGUGGCGCCAAACAUCUAAACCCCCUGAUUGAAAGUGUCAACGAAGGCUGGGACAGUUCCGCCCCUCCAACCGAGCCUCGUCCGCAACCCGACUAUGCUGUUGGAUUCAAGCGAAAUGCAUUUACAAAGAUCGGCUUAAUAAAAUCCAGCCGCAUAUUGGUGGCUACUUGGAUUUGUCUUUCUUGCUGGGAUGGUAAAGACAAAUGGACCACAUAUAAAUUCACCAAGAAUAUUUACGAUAUCUGGAUGCCGACUCAUCUGAAAAGAAUUUGUUCCGUUAUCGAUGAGUUACCUUUUAAUCUAAACUCGGAGCUUUUGCAGCAAUCCGACAAAGCAAGGGAAUCUAGGCUUCCACAAUGGAUAGGAAGUCAAGAUCUUUUUGAGCAAACAAGCUAUGAUUCUGUGUCUCUGAAGGAAGCUGAUGGUCAUUCAGAUCAUCGUAUGGGUUUGGAACACAUCACUCCUGAUACCUUGCUGUCUGAGGAAGAGGAAAUUGAAAAGGGAGGACUCCAGAGGCGGCCAAAGAAAAGGAGUCGACAAUAA